CUCUUCCACUUCAAUGUUAUAUCCUCCUUGAAUAAUCUGAGGAACACUUCUUGAGCUCUUUUAAUGAAGAAAUAUAAAACAAUAGGACGACUAACUUAGAUAAUAUUGUUGUCUGACUUUUUCCAUUAGUCUAUAAGUACCAAUUUUUCUCAGUUUUUAAUGUUCCCAUCCCUUAGUGCCACACCACAUUAUGACCUCAAAACAACUCCCUCUCCUUCUCCUCCAUCUCUUCUUCUUCUUCUUCUUCUUCUUCUUGCCCCUCCUAAACGCAUCAGAACCAAAACCUUGCUACAGUUUCUCAUGUGGCCAAGGGAGCGUCGUUGUCCGUUUCCCUUUCUCGCUAUUCCCCUACCAACCUGAGUCCUGUGGCUACUCAGGAUUCAACCUCCUAUGCACAGGUGAUGGCAAGACUGCCUUAAAGCUUCCUAAGUCCGAACCAUUUCUUGUCAGAGAGAUCGACUAUGAAUCACAGCGUAUUCGCCUCAACGACCCUGAGAAUUGUUUGGCCAGACGGCUUCUUAACUUUGACCCUUCGGGGUCUCCUUUUUCUCCUCUUCGCUCUCGCAACUACACGUUCUUGAUUUGUCCUAAGGAAGCGAACGUCACUGCAUCCUUCAGAGCCAUCGAUUGCCUUGGUAACUCCACUUCCUCAUUCUUCGUCGUGCAGUUGGAUCUGGUUGGUUCGAUGCCGUCUUCUUGUCAGACCUUUAAGACAUUACCUCUUCCAUUUUCUUGGUCUGUCGCCUACACGGCAUUCCCCGGUGGCCAAAACAGUCGAGACCUGUGGCUCAAAUGGGACUCGCCGGAUUGCAGAGAUUGUGAGAGGAGGACUAAUUCGAGAUGUGGAUUCAAAAACAAUACUUCGCUCCAAGUCGAAUGCUUCAGUUCUGCUAACCCCGGACUUCACAACACAGGCUUACAAGUACUAAAGAUAAUCUGCCUCUCCCUAGUCGGACCACUCACGGCCUUGACUUUUUGUGUCGGUCUUGUCAUGUGCAGUUCCGAGAGAGUCUCUUCCCAGAUACAACACGCAGUGGUUGCACGCCUUUCUGGAUCCGUAACGCCGCAGCCAAGCGAUGAAGUCGCAAGGACGGGUCUGGAUGAGUCUACGAUUGAGUCAUACAAGAAAGUUGAGUUAGGGGAGAGUAGGAGACUCCCGACCGGAUCAAAUGAUGUUGUAUGUCCCAUUUGUUUGUCAGAAUACGCAACCAAAGAAACUGUUAGGUGUUUACCUGAAUGUGAACAUUGCUUCCAUACCGAAUGUAUUGAUGCGUGGCUCAAGUUGCAUAGUUCUUGCCCGGUUUGUCGGAGUAAUCCAUCUCCUGCGCGGGAUUAAUUGUUUUGAAUAACGUUUGUAUAUAAUUUGGAUCUCUUGGAUUCUCUAAAAGAUUUUUCGAUGCAUC